AUGGUAAGUGAAUCAGAUUGUCUCAUCAAAGGUAGAGCUAUUACAGAAAACAUCCUCUUAGCUCAGGAAAUCAUUGAAGACAUAAAGAAACCUAACAGAGGAGGAAAUGUAGUCUUAAAGCUAGACAUGACCAAAGCCUAUGAUAGAGUCUUUUGGAAGUUUCUAGGCUUAACUCUAAGAAAACUGGGAUUCUUUGAUCAGUGGGUGGAUAUUACCCACAACUACAUUGCUAAUAAUUGGUAUUCUGUCAUUGUGAACGGAGGAAGGCAUGGUUUUUUCACCUCAAGUAGAGGUUUAAGGCAAGGCGACCCUCUUUCACCUUCUUUGUUCACCCUAAGUGUUGAAUUACUAUCGCAAAUGCUCAACAAGUUACAAAAUUCUGCUAGCUUUAAAGGUUUCUACAUGAAUCACAAUGGACCAAAGAUAAAUCAUCUAACAUUUGCGGAUGAUACCAUUCUUUUCUGUAAUGGCAGCAAAAGGUCGAUGGAACUGAUUUUGAAAACUCUCAACACCUAUGAAGGGGUUUCCGGCCAACUCAUUAACAAGGAGAAAAGUUGCUUUGGUAUGGCUGAUAACACCAAUAUUGCUACUAUCAACAGGCUGAAGUUUAUAACUGGAAUGGAGCAUCAAGAAUUUCCUAUUAAAUAUCUUGGAUGUCCCCUUAUAUCUGGAAGGAAAAAAAAUGCUUUCUACAGUGGCAUUCUCAACAACAUUAUUAGCAGAAUCAGAGGCUGGCAAACUAAAUUUCUAUCAACGGGAGGAAGACCUGUGUUUUUAGCUCUUCCUAUCCACCUCCUGGCUGCUGUCAACCCCCCAUCAGGAUACAAGUGGGAAGCACCAUUGGGUUUCCUGGAAAAACUUAGGCCUCUUUCUCAAUUCGGGCUAAGUGACACACAUCUGGGAAAUAUCAAGAUAAAUGAAGUCUUCAAGGAUGGGGAACGGGACUGGAAUUGCAUCCAAAACCUACUACCAGAGGAGAUAAAAAAUCACAUUACAAAUAGAGAGAUCACUCUUGAUCCCAACUCAGACGACAAAGCCAUUUGGACUCCAUCUACCACUGGAAAAUUCACUAUUAGCUCAGAUUGGGAAUUUCUCAGGCAAAAAAAGAAUAACAAUACCAUGGAUGGACAGAUCUGGCAAAAGGAUAUUCCUUUCAAAAUGUCCUUCCUUACAUGGAGGGCAAUUCACAAUAAGUUUUCUACUAAUCAGAGGGUUUCUAGGUUUGGUAUUACUAUAUCUCAAAACUCUCAUUGUUGUGCUACUGUAAAUAGUAUGACAGAGAUGGAAAGCUCAGAUCACCUCUUUUGCAAAGGUGAUUUGGCCAGGAAGAUCUGGCACCAUUUUGCUGGUCCAAUGGGGAUAGCAUACAGGAACAUUAACCUCAAAAUGAUGCUUCUCAACUGGUGGAAUCACAAAUCACACAAUCCUAUCACAAACUACAUCACUAAGAUCAUUCCUCCCAUUGUUUGUCGGGAAAUAUGA